GGUUGCAUUAUGAAAGACUAGUAUUUUUCAAUGAAAAGAUGCCUUCUGGAGAGGAGAGUGUCAUGGGCUGUCUGUGCCAUGCCCUUCAUACAUAUGGAGAACCCUAAUCUCUAAUGUGAUUGAGUUGGAGAUGAGGCCUCUAACAGGCAAGUAAGCUUAGAUGAGGUCACAAUGGUAUGGCCCACAUGGUGGGAUUAGUGUCUUCAUAAUAAGAUGCUCUGUCUCCAUCCUAUGAGGACAUAGAUGACUGUACAGACCAGAAAGCAGGCCCUCACUGGAACUAAAUAAGCAGGCACCUUGAUCUUGGACUUCUCAACCUCCAACAGUGAGAAAUAAGUAUCUGUUGUUUAAGCCUCUUGGUCUGUGACACUUCACGUUAGCAGUGGAAGCAGACUAUGACAGAGGAUCUCCCUGAAGACAAGAUUCAUGUUUAAGGAAGAUUUUUUUUUUAAUAAAACAAUGGCAAUGAGCUAGACAGUGGAGUAAUAAAUGAGCAAGGUUGUCUUCUGGAGACGCCAAAUGAAGCAGACCAUCAUGACACAUCCUGGCUCUAAGAAGCAUGAGUUGGAGGAAGGGAAGACUCUCCCACAUUUGGAGGCUCGCAAGUCGUCCACGUCCCCUGGAGAAGCUAAAUUCCCCAGGAUGGAGGAGUCCUCCAAGGCGGCUGAGACUUGUGUGUUGACCAGUCCCGUGAGCAGGACCCCGGUGGGGUUGGCCCAUGAGGGCCACUCCUUGCUGCAGUUGCCACGAACAGCUGUCCGGUCAGCACCCAUGAUCAUGUUCUCUGCCCUGCAGUCCAGCUGGCAAAUGUGCCAGUGGAAGUCACCCGUCACCUGCGCCUCCAUUUCCUCCCAAGUGAGCACCUCGUCCCCCCUGGACACACCUGAGGCUGAGCUGCUGCGAGAUGUGUACCUGGUGCUGUGGGCCAUUCGGAAGCAGCUUCGGCAUCUGGCCCGCAGGCCGGAGAGGCACCGAAGGCACCAUGUCAGGGCCAACUCCUCUGCCUUGGCUGAACCAGUGCUGGAACUGAAGCAGGACGCCCGAAGUCCCCUCUAAGGUGCCCAGAUCCUCAGAGAGCCCCCACCUCAACUUAGCAAAAUAAAAAUUUUAAAAGGGCUCAGGGUGUAGCCCAGUACAAAAGUCCUGGGGUUG